AUGUUGAAGCAACGCGGUGAUGCCCAAGUGAAACUGAUUGACUUUGGCCUUUCGCGGUUGAUUCCACCCGGUCACACCGUCAAGGAUAUGGUUGGCACCCCCGAAUUUGUUGCGCCCGAAGUGGUCAAUUAUGAGGCUCUGAGUCCGGCGACAGACAUGUGGGCGCUGGGAGUUGUCACCUACAUCCUGCUGUCGGGUGGAAGUCCGUUCUUGGGCGACACGCGGGACGAGACCUUCUGCAACAUUACUGGGGUGAAUUACCACUUCACUGAUAGGUAA